GCGCGGCGUGAACUCACGAAUAUUAUCCGCAAUCCCUUAAAAAUGGGCUCGAAAUCGCAUUUAAACCCAGAAAACAUGUUAUAGAAUGUAUAAAACAAAUUAUUUAUAGCAAAAUUAUGUACGAAGCACGUUUAUAACGUUCGUUUCAUUGAAUAUUAACAUAGCUAGUGUUUUUUUAUGUUCGCCGAUGUUUUUCGGACUUUAAGAUGUUACUGGCCGCGGUGAUGGCGCGCAGCUGAGUCCAGGUCGAGAGCUCGCCAGCACGCAAGAUGCGCUGGAUAUUCCCAGUACCAGUUCUUCUGAUGUCCUGGUUUGGUGUGGAGGAAGUAAAAGGCAACUCCUGCAUCCGAACCGCGUUAUGGGCACUAUGCCUCAGUCCUCUGGCUUCGGCCGAAUGUCAAACCCGCACGAUCUACUGCUACGAGUGCGACAGCUGGACGGACCCGCGCUGCAAGGACCCGUUCAACUACACGGCGCUGCCGCGCGACCAGCCGCCGCUGCAGACCUGCAACGGCUGCUGCGUCAAGAUGGUCCGCUACUCUAAGAGCCCGUACGAAGUGGUCCGGCGCACGUGCACAUCCCAGCUUCAGAUCAACCUGUUCAUGGUCGACCAUGUUUGCAUGAUGGAAAGUACGGGCACUGGCCACAUGUGUUUCUGCGAGGAGGACAUGUGUAACGCGGGCGCCGGCGCGCGCGCAGCCGCCUGGUUGCUCGCGCUUGCGUGUGCAUGUGCAUGGAGGUGAAGCGUAGUGAUGGGCGAGGUCGAUCGAUAAAGCCUAUUGGUUUCGAUAAAAAAAUGGUUAUCGAUAAAAUCGUUAGCUUGGGUACUUGACAUUUUGGUCGUGUUACUCCGAAAGCUUGGAAGUGUCCAGUUUUUGGUUAAUGUUAGUCCAUGAAAAGUCUGCAGCGAUUUUGAUAGCCCACGCAGUGCAAGUGUCAUUUUAAACGUCAAACUUUAUGAAAUUAUGACGUGUAAAUAACACUUGCACUGCGUGGGCUAUCAAACUGGUAAACUUUUCUUGGUCUAACUCUACUUGACAUUUGGUCAUGAUAGUCCAAAAGCUUGAUUUCCAGUUUUUGGCUAGAGGAGUCUAUAAAUUAAAUUGUUAUAGAGGUUUCGAUUGAGAUGCCUAUUAGGAUCUAUUUUGUUGAAUUAUAUAAGUAGUUCUAGAUCCUUCAAAAGUCGGUUGUGAUGCUUUAUUUGAAUUCGGAGUUAACUAUUCAAUGCGUUGAGGGUUUUACGACGCUAAAAUUGAUAAUUAUAAUCGUAAUUUUAAAAUUAUGGCGUUUAAUAUGUUAUCGAGCUGUUGUGGAAAGUUAACGGUUAAAACGAAAAUCAUUUAAAUGUUAAUUCGAGAACCAAUAGGCCCGGAAUUUAAAACAUCGAUAAAUACCUGCAUUUUAAUAUUUUGAGUCAUUUACCUACACCUACUCAAGUUUACAACGACAUCCAGUCAUUAACGCUAGUUUAAAAUUUGCAACCAGAUUGGAGAAAAUAUAUGUAUAAAUCUCAAAUACGCAAAAAAUGGAAAUACGUUUAAUUUUUUACUAUCGUACCGUGUCGUAUUACAUGAUUAGAAUGUGCACGUAUUUUUCGAUGUCUCCGUGAAUUUGAAAGAACAUCAAAAGCACUGGCUUGUGAAAUUAAAUUCGUUAAAAUUUUUAAUGAAUCAUGAAUUGAGAACUGCACCUUGUACAUCAAUCUUAUCGAUAUCGAUAAGUUUAAUGUGGAAGGUGUGGUACAAUUUUUGACUGCGAAAUUUAAACUGUUUAUUUUUUUGUUGGUGAUUUUUAGCAAUGACGUCAGGUUUCACAGUGAAAAUUGUAUUAAAAUUUGACAAACAUUUAUUUAUUUGACCAAACCAGUGUUCCAACAACGACUGUUCGACUGAGCCCAAACUAGACUUUCGUCCAACGUAGUAUAGUCGAGCUUUUUCACAUCACUAUACGUCCCUCAGAACUCGUACCUGGUAUUUAUGUACUGAUGUGGAAAACCUCCAUCAUUCGCUCUCACGAUAACAUUUUGCUCUAACCUAGACGUAGUUACGAGAAUUCCAAACGAUUAGCUUGUAAAUAGUGCGGCACGGACGUGCGUAUCGAUAUCGAUAAAGCUGACACACUCAAUGCUUUCUUAUUGGUCCAAAUUUCUUAGACCAAGUUGAAUUUGCUCAUAGAUGCACGUAAAAUAGAUGUGGGGCACUUUUAGAUAGAUAUUAAAUUGUUUAUAGAGGAAUUAGCUUGGACUGCCGUACAUAAAGGGGUGUAAAAUAGGAUAGUUUGGUUAAUAGAUAUUUUAAAACGUUUUUACAACGAUUGGCGGUCUGAUUUGAAUAAGGCUCAUGCACUUUAAAAAAUCUGGCAAGUUCUUUUACUUUUGAAGUUGCAAUGUUAGAUUUUGUAAACUCUUGCCUUAUAUGGUAAAUCGUCAAAAACUAGCCACUGUUUAGUAACUGGCCACCUUAUACUAAAAAUGAAUUCUAUUCACCUAUAAACAGAAUUUAUUUUUAGUAUAAGAUAUCAAACUGGUCACCCUUCAAGUUAUUGAAAUGAAUUCUGUUUAUAGGUGAAUAUAAUCCAUUUUUAGUAUAAGGUGGCCAGUAAUUGACGUUUUACCUAUUUAAAUAGUGUUUUUGUCGAUCUGGAACACACCACUCUAUUUUUAUUGUGCAAUUGAGUCCUUACAUUACUUCUAUCUACAAAAAAUGUACGAUACGAUAAUGUAUCAGAAAUCAACGUCAUAAGAUUUUUGUCUUCUUCGUGCCCUAAAAAUAGGGUUGGAUUAGGUAGAAAAUUAAAUUGCAGCUAGAUUUAUUCUAAAAGUGAUUGACGUGAUUGUGUUUGAUUUUGUUUGUUUUAUAGUUAGUGUCAAAAUGAAAAGGGUUCACGGCCCGAUUUAAAUUUUAUGAUACGUCAAUUAAUAAAUCUAGAAACGAUAUGAAUUAGAUAUGUCAGUGUCAAAGUGACGUUUCUUCAAAAAACGUCACUUUUGACACUGACACAUCUAAUCCAUAUCGUUUCUAGAUCUAUUUGACGUAUCUUAAAGCUCGAAUCGGGCAGUAAGGCGCGAAUGAUACUGAUGAUAUUAGUAAUAAAGUAACAGAGAAGACCGAAAAGAUUAAGAUUUGAACAGGUUACCUGUACAAUUGUACAUAAAUCAGCUCGUAAGUUACUUUUUUACCUAUAUCAGGGGUCUUCAAACUAUUGCCCGUUCUGGUCCGCAGAAAAGCGACACGGCCGAAAGGGCUGGCAAAGGUUUGGUCCGCCAUUUAUCUAAGUGUGGCCCUCGGGUCAAAAAGUUUGGAGUCCCCUGACAAUAUGGUUGUAUUGCUGUGCAUAAUAUGAUUAAUAUGAUAACGGGAAGCCUUGUGGUUGAAAUGACGACGUGUAGUGAUUUUAAAUUCGGAUACUAGUUAUUCCUUGGUGAUUAAUAAAGGCAAUAGAUUGAGAAAGUUAACGAAUUAUAGAUAUUUUAUUCUGCUUUUUUUGACGUUUCGCGUGACGGGCGUAGAUGUACGAUGCUAGUUUUAGAAGAAGAUGCAAACAAGGUGACCUCUUUAAUAAUAAAUAUAGUGCUAGAACUUGGCCGCGACACUCCCGUGCGGCCUUAGCUUAACUAAUUUAGGAACAUAAACACCAAAUAAUUUUUAAUCGUUAAUUAGCUAAUAAAUAAUUAAUAACUUAGCGUUUGAUAAUGCGGCGAUUUUUAGGUAGUUUUCAUUUUAAACAAAGCACUAAACGUGCAUAGAAGUGAGACAUAAGUGCAUAAAAGUUAUUUCAUUAAAUUUUGGGAUUUUUGGGAUCAUCUCGUUGUUGGGUUGAAUUAUUUUUUAUGAAAUUCAAACGAAUAGCGAGAUGCGAGUAUCCCUAAGGCACUGCUCCAUAGUGAGAUGUUUGUGAAUAAUAGCUUUAUAAAACCGUAGUUCCUUUUACUCAAAAUCGGAGCCACACUAGGUUAUAGGCAAUUUGAUUUAACGCCAUAUCAUCAGUAGGUUAGUAAUCUGAUUAAGGAAUGCAAAGCCCGCAUGAAAAACCGGUUAUUCCGGAAGAAACCGGUUCAUACUUGGUUAAUACUUGAGGAGCUUUAAAUGAUUAUAUGUAUGCAAUUAGGUUCUGGCUGUUCAUAAAACAACAAUGAAAAUAUUAAAAAAAAAAAACAAAAAUAAUUACGCUUACGCUUUUAUUAAAAGAGUUAUUCACUAGGCGACUCAUUCUCAUUGCACAUGUAAAUAAGCGCAAAGUAAACUAUAUUUCCGGUAAUACAUGUCUCAAAAAACCGGUUUAGAAUAUCGAAAAACCGCUUCACUUUUCGGCGAAAUUUGCAUUCCCUAGUUUUAAUGUAAGUGCAAAGCAUAAUAUAAGGAGAUGAAUAUUGUAUGUAUAUUAAAAAUAUAGUAUGACUAUAUCUAUAAAUAGUUUACAUAAUCUUCCUUGUUAACUCUAGUUCUUAACUGACGUUUCUGAAUUAAAUAGAUACUCCGAUUAUUUUAAAAUUUCUAGCUCUAGAGUAAGUUCGGUCUGACAUGUCUCGACCCAUCGCAUGUCUCAUAGAAGAUAUCCAAAAUGUCGUCUAGGAUGGUUUUAAGAAAUUGGGUAUUCCACAACACAAUAAAAACAAACCGGUUACUCGUGGGCUGUCGGCCAAGCCUCUUACUCUAUCCGCCCAAGACAAAAUUUGCCAAGACAAAUGCAACUUUGAUUUGUUUAUUUUCACAAAUCAAAUCAAUCACAAAGGAGACCUUUUUAUAGGCCUCUGGGCGGUUAAAGGAUAAAAUGGAGAGAAAAAUCCUCUUGUGAGUAAUAUGUAUAUACAAAUGUCUUCGAUAUACCGUUAGCAAUUAGCAUCAAAUAUAAUAGAUGACCGCCAAAGUAGCCAAAUAAACCGUAACACACCUUUGUUACCGACAUAAUGUGUACCGAUAUUUUUGGCAACUUUGGUCGUCACUAUAUAAUUAAUUGAUGCAUGUACUUUGCCUUAAAUUGUGUUGAGGAAUAUCCAACUACACCUUACGUACUCAGUUUCCAUACUUGUUAAUAUUCGGGUAUGUUCGGCAAUUUAAACAAUUUUUACCUAAUUUUGUGUGAUAAAGAUAAGAAAAGUGUGUAUAGAACUAUAGACGAUCCUUUCUUGAAAUGAAACUGGAGUCCGUCUAAGCUAAUUUUGCACCAAUUUGAAUAGACAAAGUGAGGGGGUUCAUAGAAAUUAUACAUUUAUGAUGACAUUGCCACAAUUUGUCAUUGCAAAUGCAAUGCAGAAUUAACUUGGUCCGACUCUACACCGUUGCAGUGCAAUAAUAUUCAAUUUAUUGCUUACUGGAAUUCAGGCUCAUUCCAAUUACAAUAGUAAUUAAAAUGUGAGUCGUAAUCGGGUAUUGUGAAAGUAUUUAGAAUCAAAACGGAAACAGUGGCUCAGGUCGAACAGUGGCUCAAUCGCCCAAAUAUCGCUCUUGUUUAAAUUAGGUGGAGUGAGCCACUGUACCCAGCCUUUUUUACCGAGCCACAGUUCCCUCCUUGACCGUCAACUUAAGUGUUUAAAAUGCCGGAUAAACCAUUCUUCGACAGUGUUAUGUCUAGGGUUGUAGCAUGUCACAGCACUGUAGCAGGCUUCCCACUGCCCCAGACACCUCGGAAUGCGAAUCUUUAAGAUAGCUGCAACUUGGCUGGGGUACUACCCCGCCUACCCUAUGGUCGACUUUUACGAUUCCAUAUUUGAAUCAGAAUGUUGAUUGUGAAAUUGACUUUUUAUGUUUUUCGAAUUAAAAUAGAGUUAGACCAAGAAAAGUCUGCAGCGAUUUUGAUAACCCACGCAGUGCAAGUGUUAUUUAUACGUCAUCAUUUCAAAGAAGUUUGGCGUUUAAAAUAACACUGUCACUGCGUGGGCUAUCAAAAUCGCUGCAGACUUUUCUUGGUCUAACUCUAGUCGCUAAAUAUGUUUUUUGCUUAUUUAUUGCAAGAUUUCAAAAUGUUAUUUAAUGACUUUUCGAUUCUGUAAGAAUAUCUGUUUGAUAUCAAAAAAGGAAAUUUAGUUUUAUUCUGCUUCAUAUAUUUUGGGAUAUUGUUAAAGUCUAAUGGUGGUGUCAGCUAACUUAAACCCUAUAUUAUUACCUAUUAGUUACUAUGAAAGCUGAUAAUAAGACUAAGUAACAUUUUACCUAAAUCGCUUUAAUUUUAAUAAUUAGUAUUUACCUAUUAUAAGAAUGCGAUGUAGUGUUGGAAUAUAUUUAUUUAUUAAAUGAUAGAUGUCUAAAACUUCGUGAACUUGUCCAAAAAAUACAAUUUACUUAAAAUUUAGUAAAAAUAUCAUCGUUAUUUGAAACACACUUUUUAUAAAAGUGGUUUUAGAAAAUAUUGGACUUGAAACUGGUGUUAUUAAAUUAAGAAAGUCGGUACCAGUAAAAACAUGAAUACCAGAUAGCGUAAAGACUCCAGUAAUCGACAUGUCAAGACACAAUAUUCGACACCUUCCUGUCAACUAUAUUGCUAUGACAUAAUGAUUGAAAAAUGUCGAUUAUUGGAGCUGUGUCGCGCACUGGAGCCUCUACAAAUCCUAACUUUGAAUCAGAACUUAUUAAAAAAGUAUAUUUCAACACAUAUAUUUAUUAAUCUUCUUCCUUCACUUUAUUACGGCAUAUCACGCAUUAGAAAACUAGCUCGGACCGUACUCAUAGUCAAUUAGACUUCUAAGACACUAAUUGUUAUCUUUAUUGAACAAAUAAGCAUGUAUUAUUUACAUCAACAAUAUACUCGAAGAAAUCCAAUAAUGCUGUCAAUUUUUACAAAUUGCGCUGUAGUAUUUUUUCUUGUGUAUUGUCGUAACAUUUUAAACUAUUUUUUUUAACUAAUACCAUCUAAUAAUUAUGUUGCAAAUGUCAGAAAAUAUUUUUACGUCGGCUGAAAAAGUUUUAUAAAUAAAAUGCUUUUAUCGAUAAAACUAUCGAUAAAAAUCGGAGUGUCACUAAGCCGCUCAACCAAGCAACUCAAAAAUAUUUUUCAACAUAAAUUAUGGAUGGUAUUUUAAAGUUUUUUUUUCAAAAUUGGUUAACUCUUGCACUUCCUAAAGCUACGCUUCCGCGACUAACCGAAAUCUAACCGCUCCGAAGGCUGGGGUCUCUAUUCAAAGGUCAAUGGAAACUGAGACAACAUGACCCUUAAUAAUAUACUUGAAUACAAUUUGCUUUCUGACCCUUCAACAGGUACAUGUGAGCUUACCACAAAAUAUUAGGUUAAAUAAAAUCAGAUUUAAGGUUAGAAUCAAUGUCUCAAUCUCCACACCGUCAGAGGCUUCAGCCGACUCCAAACGCAAUGUGGCCUGUCUGUUUAAUUUUUCUCAUGUUAUUCUAUGGUUCAACAAUAAAUGUGCUGUACACCUUAAAUGUCAGGUUUAACAAUAUUUACCAAUUAUAAAUGCAUUAGAAUAUAAAUACGAUCAAAAGAACCCCAUGGUCAUAUGCCUGAAAUUAUGAUCUUUUGCUUUAACAAAAGAUUAUUACAUUAUUUUUGUGAGACUUCUGCGUUAUAAGAUCUAAAAACUCGUAUUUUAUAGAAGUUAUUUCAUUGUAAGGGUACCAAUGCAUUUAUCGGCUUGAGCCGAUGAUAAUUCCUUCGUCACAGGCUGAUAUCGCAUCACGUCUUCAGAGUCGAAGUGAAACGAAUAUUUUUACUAGUUAGACCGAGAUAAUCCUGCAACGAUUUUGAUAGCACACGCAGUGCAAGUGUUAUUUGUACGUCAUAAUUUCAUAGCAGUUGACGUUUAAAAUAACACUUGCACUGCGUGUGCUAUCAAAAUCGUCGCAGAUUUAUCUCGGUCUGACUCUAUCGCUCUUAUAACAUAGACAAUAUGUGACGUCCCACGGGAAAAGGUACCUUAUGAAGGUUGGCGCUUACGCUAUUAUUAACGCCGCUCCAAUAUUUUUGCGGCGCUAUGCGACGUAAGCGCCAGCCGCCAUAAGGUACCUUUUGCCGUGGAACGCCACAUAUGGAUCUUUUUUUUUAUUGGCUCAAGCAAUUUCGGAGUUGACAAAUGCGGUCUCCUUAAAUUGGUAAAUAUUGGUAUACCAGCAGUGUGUCGAUGUUAAAUGUUUCUAAUUUUCUUUUAAUUUCUUUGUCUUCUAGAAUGGGCAAUGUGUACGUUUUCGUUGUAUAAGUGUAAAUUUGUUGUAUGUUAAAACAAUUCCAAUCGAUGUUAAAAUAAAACUAUAUCGCUUUAAAAAAAUAGGAAAGGCUAUGAACUAAACUGCACUUAUAAUUUUGUCGUUAAUACGUGCUUAGUGAAAAACAAAGUUAUGAAUGCAGUUUUUUUUAUAUUCGAUACAAUAGAAAAAAUGUAAGCUGGCGGUUUGGUCGGAUGCGGGAAAAAUGCUUUUAUGCUGACAAUAAAUCAGUGCAGUAUUAUUUAAUCGAAUAUUACCACAAUCUACAUUGGCUUCAAACCUAAGGUAAAAAAAUGUUUUUGUCAAAUAUUGAGAAGUGCCAUAAUUAUAAAAAUAUUGUUAUAUAA